AUGGUCGACAAAAAUUCGGGACUCGGGUCCUCUCAGAAGGUUGAUGUGACUCCCAAAUCCACAAAGUCUCAGAAGCGCAAGAGAGAUCCCCAUGGCUCUCAGCCUGCAGCGACUCCCACCCCGACGAAGAAGCAUAAGAAACGCGAAAGCUUGCCGAUCGCAGAGGUCACAGAUGAUAGCAGCACCAAGAAGCGCAAGCAUCUUAAGGAUGUGCUCCAAGGAUCGAAUUCUCCGGAAACGUCCCGGAAAGAAAGUACUCUCUCGUCAGACCGCAGAAAAGCGACUGUUGCAGACUCACGCAACGGCGUCAGUGAAACGGCAGGGAAAUCGAAAAAGAGCAAGCGAAAGAGCUCUGGAACGGACAACACAUUGGAUGAUGCGGCUGCAUCUGUGAUUACAGGAAAUGACGAUGAAGAAGUUGAAGCCCCGGAAGUCGAACAGCGCAAAUCGAAGAACAAGCAUUCGGGGAUUAUGUCAAAGUUCGAGCGCACCAAAACCGUCUCUAGUGCUAAAUCCAAAAAAGCUGAACCCGAAGCCGUUAAAGAUGAGACACCUGCUGUCGAAGCUGUCUACGCACAGGGUCUUGAACGACUACCUCAGCCUGAAAACCCACCCGAGCCAGAGCAACUCCCAACAUAUUCAUCUCUACCCCCGUGGCUGGCCAAUCCGUUGCGCAAAUCAGCUCAGGAUACCAAGAAAUUUUCUGAGCUCGGAAUCAAGCCAGAUCUUCUCAAAAUCCUGGAACAACAGAACUACAAAGAAGCUUUUGCUGUGCAGUCUACUGUCAUUCCACUCCUUCUGCAAGGAGAGCAAAACCACCCAGGGGAUCUUUGUAUCUCUGCGGCGACUGGAUCCGGAAAAACACUUUCCUAUGUUCUCCCUCUUGUCACCGCUCUGCCGCCGAGACCUGCCUCCAGACUUAGAGGAUUGAUUGUAGUUCCUACACGAGAACUGGUUAAACAAGCGCGCGAGUCCUGUGAACUAUGUGCUUCUGGAUCCAGACUUCAUAUCGGAAGUGCAGUCGGUAAUGUGGCUAUAAAAGAUGAGCAGAAGCUGUUGAUGCGAGUGGACCAGGUUUACAACCCGGCUAUUCAGAAGCAACAGCGUGACGGGUUGAACGGAAACGAUUGGAUGAACUUGAGCCUGGAAGAUUGUGUCAGUGAGGCAAUUGGCUCUAACGGGUCUCUUCCCGGUCACAUCCAGCGAUCCGAACCGAAUGUCGACAUCCUUAUCUGUACUCCUGGUCGCCUGGUUGACCACAUUCGCUACACCAAGGGAUUCACACUCAAGCAUCUUGAAUGGCUGGUGAUUGAUGAAGCAGAUCGUCUCUUGAACGAAAGCUUCCAAGAGUGGGUUGAUGUUGUCAUGAACUCGCUGAACAGUCGGGAGGCCCCGGAGACCUUUGGGCCUGGUGGAAAACUUCUCUCUGGAUUGGGACUUUCGAUUGAUGCUAAGCCUCCUAGGAAGGUGGUUCUGAGUGCAACAAUGACCCGCGACAUUUCCAAACUCAACUCCCUGCGCCUCGCUAACCCCAAGAUGGUUAUCAUCGGGUCUGAGGAGGCUGCCGACGAAGAAGACCCCUCUGCUAUUCAUCCAGAUGCUCACUUCGCCCUACCCCCGACUCUGUCUGAGCACAUUGUUCAAGUUGGCGACGGAUCCCUCAAGCCGCUUUAUCUGCUGCGUCUUCUUCUUUCUCACAUUGAGAUUAGUGGGAAUCGAGCGCCAAGCGUGUCUGAUUCAUCCGACUCUGACAGCUCUAGUUCAGAUGAUGACACUAGCUCUGAUGAAUCAUCUGAUGACGACACUUCAUCUUCUGGGUCUGAUUCGGAGUCAGACUCAGACUCAGACUCAGACUCAGACUCAGGCUCAGACUCGGAUUCGGAUUCGGAUUCCGAUUCCGAUUCUUCGGACUCUUCUGGCUCGGAAUCCGAUGCUAUGGAACUCGUCCCCUCGCCCUCGCGGAAAACUGUUCUGGUUUUCACCAAAUCAUCCGAGUCUGCAUCCCGACUUGCACGUCUCAUUUCGCUUCUGCAUCCCGCAUUGGCCAAGCGUGUGGGAACUAUCAUUAAAUCCAACAAAUCCUCUGCAUCUCGCAAGACAUUGACGGCCUACCGACAAGGCCGCAUCUCGGUGAUUGUGGCUACAGAUCGUGCCUCCCGUGGUCUUGACCUGGAAUCUUUGACUCAUGUCAUCAACUACGACAUCCCGACCAGCAUCACCACUUACGUCCACCGAGUUGGACGUACCGCCCGCGCUGGCCGCGCUGGCUCUGCGUGGUCCCUCGUUGCUCACCGCGAGGGUCGCUGGUUUGCCAACGAGAUCGCAGCUAGUGUGGACGGCCGGAUCACGCGUACCUCGAACAUCGAGCGUGUCCAGAUCAAGCCGGACGCAUUAAACUCACUCAAGCCCAAAUACGCCAAAGCUCUGGACAAGCUUGAGCAAGAGGUCAAGCGUGGCUAG